GGAUUGCUUUGAUAAGAUCGUCAUCAUCAGCCAAGAUGCCUGUUUCUCCUGAAGACGUUAUCACAUUAUUUGCUAUCUUAACCAGCGAUAGUCGUUAUCGUAUCCUUGUGAGUGAUCGACGAAUGAAAGGUGGAAUUAUUGCUGGGAUAGGUGCUACAGUCGGUGGGGUUUGUGGAGGACCGAUCGGAGUGGUAGUCGGUGGUGUUGUUGGAGGUACAGUAGCUGCGUGGACUACUAAGAGAGUGGCGAUACCUUUGGAACAGUUUUUAACCGACAUGAACAAAGAAGAAAGAGAACAUUUAUAUCAGUACAUGAGGUAUCUUGUCGACGACUGUAAAGUCAAAAACUUUGUGGCGUUGAAUGCAAAGGUGGCCUCGGAUUGGGAAUUACGAAGGCGGUUCUUGGAUGUAUUAUUCUGUUACUUGAAGACAGAAAUGAAGCUUACGCUAAUCGACAACUGAAGAAGGAAAUUAAUGAUUACAAGAUUUGUGAAAACUGUGAGUAAAAGGAGUGCAUGACUGAAGUACGAGCAAUCUACUGAUACGGUGAGUCUACAGGAAUAAAUCAAAUCAAGAUGUAGGAAAGUGAACGCUGCAAAAACCUGAUCAUAUUCUAGUAUUGAUCUGAUGUCGACUUCAUGCGAGAAUAGUUGGUGUCGUAACACAGAACGUGUAAACUUAUGACCAGUUCAGUUUUUGUUAUGAUAUUUUGUUGCCCUUAUUGUUUUCAUCUCUUUGAAAACUUUUUAUAAACAUCUGGAUUUUUAAUGUUUAGUUGGGAGAUCUAUUUAAUGCGUGAUAAGAAUAUUCAAUUUUACUUCCUCAAAAUAUUUCGUUUUGUCAUGAUCAUAAUAGUAUUAUCAAAGCUCUAUUUACUGCUUGUAGUACAUGAAGAGAAAAAAUAUCAUAGACAAGAUAGAAAGUUAUGAAUAACAGCUGUAGUUAGAAUCUUUUCGGCUCUUUUCAUAGUAAACUUUGCUCAAUCGGUCAAUUGUUGUCCAAAUUUCAAUUUUGAAGCUCUCUGAUUGAAGGCUUACGGACUGUAAACACGUAAUCUAAAAACAGCUUCAAACAAUCGUAAUAAAUUUGUAUUCAUGAAAACAAGAAAACAUUUGAUUAAAGCUUGCAUUCUUGCUGAGGGAGUUUGGUUACCAUGGAACAUGUCCUGCACGUGCAAAAAAAGUUUGUAAAUGAAAAAGAAACGGAAGUAAAUAUACAUAGUUUUCCGUAAUACCCUUUGCCCAAAAUGAUUUUGCUUUGGAAGAAUUUAUAAGAAAAACCUAUUAAAUUCCAAUGGAAUGUAUUUUUUCCCACGCUAGGUCACACUAUUUUUGUUUAGCGUUUAUAUAGCGCUAGCAAAACUAAUAAAAAAAGAAAUAAAAAUAAAUUCCAGAUGCCA